CAAAUCAUUCUCCUCCUCCAUUAAAGGUAACCAAUCUGCAACAAUUGACCUGAAGCAUCUAGAACAAGAAAGAAACAUGAGUUCAAACCCUGAUAUGGCAUAUGUACCAAAUGUUCAAGAACUGGUAAAGAGUGACCCUUCGCAGGUCCCUGAAAAAUUCCUCAUAAUUAGGAAUGAAGAAGACGAGCCAAGAAAUGAUCUUUCUUCCAGGAUCCCUAUCAUUGAUCUUUCUUUGCUCUCUAGAGGCCACAAGGAAGAGCUUGACAAACUGGACCAGGCUUGCAAAGAACGGGGAUUCUUUCAGGUGGUGAAUCAUGGAGUGGCAACAGAACUGUUGCAGGAGAUGAAGGAUGGGACGGCCAAGUUCUUUGAACUUCCAUUAGAAGAGAAGAAUAAGAUUCGUAUGGCAUCGGGUGAGUUUCAAGGCUACGGGCAGCUCUUUGGUGCUUCCCAAGUGCAGAGAAUGGACUGGUCUGACGCACUGCUUCUCAGUCUUUACCCAGAACAAAACAGGAAUCUUAAGUUUUGGCCAACAGAACCAGAGGGAUACAAGGAGGUUAUUGAGGCAUAUUCAAGUGAAGUCAAAAGAGUUGGAGAGGAGCUUCUAAGGUCUCUAUCUAUAAUUAUGGGGUUGGAGAAGCAUACUCUUCUUAGCCUACACAAAGAGUUGAGCCAAGCUUUGCGGGUGAACUACAUUCCUCCAUGCUCCAUGCCUGAUAAAGUACUAGGUCUAAGUCCACACUCGGACACGACCACCAUAACCAUACUCAUGCAAGAAGACUAUGUAACCGGAUUACAGAUUCAAAAAGAAGGGGAAUGGGUGCCGGUGAAGCCAAUUCCAAACGCUCUCGUUGUGAAUGUGGGAGAUGCUAUUGAGAUAUGGAGCAAUGGGAAGAACAAGAGUAUUGAACACAGAGCUGUCGCAAACAAAAGCAAAAGGAGGAUAUCUUAUGCUUCAUUUCUUUGUCCGCAUGUUGAUGCUGAAGUCGAACCAUUUGAUAAUAUGGUGGAGACAUCAAAAAUGUAUAAGAAAGUUAGAUAUGGAGAGUAUAUUUUUUCUUCCUUGAAGGGUAAACUUAAGGGGAAGGCGCAUAUUGAAACGGCUAAGGCUGGAAAUUGAGCAACUGUUUCUAUUUCCAAAAGCCGGAUCAAGUCUUCCUUGAUGACUUUGAGUGGGCCUGUUAAUAAAAUAACAUCAAGCUUGUUGAAUUUCAUUUCUCUGUACAUGUAAGAAUAUGCACUUAUCUCUUUUGUUUGAUAAAUAAAAUAAAUCUUAUCCACU